AUGAAUGCUGUCGAUGACGUCGGCCUGAGCUCGUGGACCCAGCGUCACUUGUUCAUGGUUUUCCACGACUACUUCCAAGACAGCAGCGCUACUGAUCGCGUCAACUUCGAUUCGCCGGUCAUUGUUGCAGAGCAGCGCCUACCCAAGCAGGCACCGAGCAUCCCUGCUGCGAAGGAUCAAGGACGAGGUACGGCACUUGUCUUGGCAGGGCAAUGGCGCUUCGCUCUCAGAAGUGUGCUCACAGUGCGCCGCCACGUAGUUGAGCCUUUACAAGCUGUAGCCUUCGCGGCGCUGAGCCGGUCUGAGAUCGAGAACAUCUCGGCUGCAGCUGCUUCAAGGACACUCAGCGAUGCUUUGGGGACUGAUUUGGCUGCAUUCUCCUUCCUUCGCGACCCACACCUAGGCGUUCUUCAAGCUGAGUUGCAUCCAGAUCUGAUCGACUUCCACCGUGCAUGGGGAGGAUGGUUCCUGGCGCCGGCGGAUGGACACCGUGGAGGAACCUCGCUACUAGCCAUGCGAAAGAUGGACGCUGCGCUCAGUCUGGUGGAGAGAUACGAAGCUCAAAGGGGACUGCCAUUUCGCUGGAUCGUCUACUGCCGGCUGGACAUGGUCUGGUUUCAACCUCAUCCACCCCUGAGCCUGCUGGACCCACAGUAUGUGUGGGUCAUGUUCUACGCGCAGGAUUGGCAUGCAGCGAUUCCCAGGCACCUGGCAACAGCCUACUUCCGACGCUACAGGCUGCUGAGAGACAACACAGCGCCUGCUUCGGUGCAGCAGGGCCCCUCACACUUUGUCUACAAUGCCCUGGCAGCACAAGGAGUUGGCGUGGCAACAACUGAAUUAGUGGCCUCUUUGGAGACAUGCAACUGGGGCUGCUUCAGCCAGAGCAGAGGCUCCAAAAGAUUUCGAUGGCGAGUUCACGGUUUCCGCUUCACGCGCCUGGCUGCGGGUUUCCGGCGCGGCACGCUCCAAUGGGUGCGUGGCUACAGAGAACAUCUCCACUGGGACAUGGGUCACCUUCGACAUGCUUGGUCCUUCCACAAUCCGGCGCUGGUCAUUGCAGAGUCCACGGUGGCAAACGUCACCAAGAGGGAUGUCUGGCUCUGGCAAAUCAACGAUGAGCAUACAGGCGACGGACUGGAUGUCACACGGCUGAUGCGAAGGAAAGCGUUCAUUGUGCCCUGCAAUCACCACUCAGCGGCGCUACCACACGGCUUCUUCUCCCGAAGCUGGGGUGUGAAAGGUAUUGUGGACCAAAUGUUACGGCGCUCGCUCUGCAAGCGAGUGCUCGCUGUGAUCUCUUUGGCUCAGGCGUACUUGCUGGAGGAAGCGAGACGAGCUGAAGAAGCCAGGCUAGCAGAAGAAGCGAGACGAGCUGAAGAAGCAAGGCUUGCAGAAGCAGCCAGGCUAGCAUCGCUGACAGAGGAUGAAAGGGUUGCAGAGGAAGCCAGGCUAGCGGAGGAGGCGAGGUUGGCGGAGGAAGCGAGACGAGCUGAAGAAGCAAGGCUAGCAGAAGCAGCCAGACUAGCUGAGGAGGCAAGGUUGGCGGAGGAAGCAAGACGAGCUGAAGAAGCAAGGCUCACAGAGGAAAUCAGACUGGCAGAGAUCGCUAGGUUGACGCUGCUAGCGGGGCGAGCUAAAGAAGCAAAGCUAGCAGAACAAGCCAGGCUAGCAGAGGAAGCGAAACGAGCGGACGAAGCAAGGCUUGCAGAGCAAGCCAGGCUAGCAGAAGAAGCGAAACGAGCUGAAGAAGCAAGGCUUGCAGAAGCAGCCAGGCUAGCAUCGCUGACUGAGGAGGAGAGGUUUGCAGAGGAAGCCAGGCUAGCGGAGGAGGCGAGGUUGGCAGAGGAAGCGAGACAAGCUGAAGAAGUCAGGCUAGCAGAGCAAGCCAGGCUAGCAGAGGAAGCGAGACGAGCUGAAGAAGCAAGGCUAGCAGAACAAGCCAGGCUAGCGGAGGAAGCGAGGUUGGCUGAAGAAACCAGGCGUGUAGAGGAAUUUAGGGUAGCAGAGAUUGCGAGGUUGAUGGAGGAAGCGAGACGAGCUGAAGAAGCAAGGCUAGCAGAAGCAGCCAGACUAGCUGAGGAGGCGCGGUUGACUGAGGAAGCUAGGCUAGCAUCGCUGACAGAGGAUGAAAGGCUUGCAGAGGAAGCCAGGCUAGCGGAGGAGGUGAGGUUGGCGGAGGAAGCGAGGUUGGCGGAGGAAGCGAAGUCUGCUGCCCAUCCACAAAGUGCAGGGUCAUCCGCGGCAGCUGUGGCACGCCCUAAAAAGAGGACGCAACCGGCGCAUGGACUCGUCAUUCCUACGGACUCAGCCAUGUUUCCGCGAUGGCGCGAUCAGGUUUUCGGCGCUCCAUCCGCGGGGCCAAUAUUUUUCCCGGCCGCAGCGAGCGGCCCUUUCCCGCUGAACCCAGAAGUUAAUGCACAGUGCUGGAUGCAGUUACAAGGUCUGCUGAACUCGUGCCCCAUGCCGCAGACCGCACCAACGACUUCAGACGAGAUUGCAGCUGCACCUGAACCUGCACCUGAACCUGCACCUGCACCUGCGCCCAAACCACGGGCAGCAAAGCGGGGUUCUCGCAUCCUGAACAGGAAGAUUGAGAAGAAACAGCCCGCAGCUGACGAGCAGUGA